GGGGCUUCUUCCUAGUUGAAGGAAGAGCGCCUGCCGGUGGGGAGCUCCAGCUCCCGUCCUCAAUCAGGGCUGCUUCCCUUCUCUUCCUCCUACUCUGCUUUCCGCCCCUGGUGGCGGCUGAGCUGGGUGUCGCGGCAGCUAGCACCAGGUUUGCCUUCAUCAGACUCCCCAGACCGGUCCGUGAUAGCAAGAGACAGGCGACAUGAGAGGCUGGGCUACAUGCUACAUCAGUGAACUUAAUGGUAGAAGAUAUAAUUUAUAGUGAGACUGAAAGACAUUUCAAGAUGGCUAAAGAAGAGCCCCCAAGUGUCUCCAGAGACUUGCAGGAGCUGCAAAGGAAGCUGUGUUUGCUGUUAGACUCCUUCCAGAGUAACUCAAAGGUGGUUUCCUUCAUGAAGUCCCCGGUGGGUCGGUACCUGGACAGGCAUCCUUUCCUGGCUCUCACCAUGCUGAUAUUUGUUAGCAUGUCAGCCAUCCCUGUUGGCUUCUUCCUGCUCAUCGUGGUGCUCACCUCUCUGGGUGCUCUUAUGGGGGCCAUAUUGCUGGAAGGACUGGUCAUCUCUGUGUGCGGCCUCUCACUGCUCUGCAUCCUCUGUGGCUUGGGCUUCGUAUCACUUGCCAUGUCAGGAAUAGCCAUGAUGUCCUAUGUGGUGGUGUCAUGCCUCAUGAGCUAUUGGUUUUCUCCCAGGCCCCUGACACAGCAAAAUGCCAACACUGACUGUCAGCUGGCUAUGAAGUCCACGGACUUCAAGAGGCUCUACCAGGAAUGAAGGGCAGAAUGGAACCAGCGGUUGCUUUCUAAGCAUCCCGGAAAAGCUCUUCCCCUCCCUGCUUAGAUCAUAGCUCGGAGAAAGGGCUGGAUGCUUGCUCUGCUUCGCUGCUGCUCACUGUGUCUAAAGUCCACUCCCGAACAGGCAGUCUUGACCUUAGCAGAGUCCUAGGCCUCUAGAAUGGGGAAGCUUAACCACUAAGGCCUCUGGGUCGAGUCCCAGGCCCCAACUGGGAGUAAGGUAGAUGUUUUUGAAAUUUAGUUUCAUUUUAUUGGGGGUAGGGGCUUGAAGAAAAGGGUUUUUUUCCCCAGUCAUUUGAGAUAAGAGGUGGAAAGAGAUAACCCAAAGAGAGCCAGCUCUUCUGCCUUCAUCACUUUUCUUACCAGCAAGAGCAGCAACAUUGGGAAGUAUGGCCUUAAAAAUCCAAAAAGCAGUCUUAACCUUGCAGCCAGGAGUCCUUUAAAAAAAAAUUCUCAGGGUCCAGUUGUUGAGUGCCUUGAUCUUUGACAUGUUAGCAUUUUGUUUAUACUGUUUUUAAAAGAUCUUGCCAUGUCAAGCCAUUUCUUAACAAAGCAAACACAUACUGAAGACUACAAAGGUGGGAAAAAAAGCACCUGUGUGAUUUCCUCUUCAUUUACUAUGGUAUUCUAUUAAAUAUUUAUUUGGUUCUUGCUA